GAGCGCUGAGGCCCGAGACCCCUCUUUCCAGGGGGUGACCCUCUGCAUGAGCCUGUGUCUUUGCCAAGGCAGCUCCGAUGGGUACCAGCUCCUCAUCCGCCCCCAGUACAGCAGUGCAACGUGUGGGAAAAGAAGCCGUAACCCAAAUCCAAGUCAGGUCCCUUUAACAAGAGAAUUCUGCAGAGCCAGCAGUUCUGAGGAGGAUCAAGGCUCCCUCUCUGUCCAGAGUGCUAAGUAUUGUGCUUCCUGCCAGACAAGGAAAACUCCCCUGUGGAGGAUUGCUGAGGAUGGCACCCUGCUCUGCAAUGCUUGUGGCAUCAGGUACAAAAAGUACAGGAUACGAUGUUUCCGCUGCUGGAAUAUCCCGAAGAAAAGUGGCAAACCUUACUCCCGCUGCUCGAACUGUGGAGACAGACUGCGCAUGGCCGCGGCCCAGCAGAGAACCGUGAAAAGAAAAUGCGACGACUUCCUUAAAUCUCAAGCAAGUGCUCUUUGCUAUUAGCCGGACAGCAGGCUCUGGUACCUGCUGGAGUGAGCAGGGGAUCAGCACUGCCCUGCGGGCUGAGCGGAGGGAUGCGAGAAGCGUUGGCUCAGUCCAGUUGCCUUUAGGACCAGUUGUUGCGUUUCCCCCUUCCUCUCGUGCUGUUGUGUUCUGUAAAAUUAACAUUCACUCCUGCCUUUGGUUUGCGCAAAGUGGACGGGAAAAUGAACCCAGGUUUUUGCACAGGUGAAGUUGUUACAGAGCUUGAAUGAGGGGUGGGAAAAUAAGAGUUGGAAUCUUAAGCUUGCUCCUGGCUCGCCUGGUGGGUGUGAGUGUGGGUGGCUGCUUGUUCAGACCCCAGGAUACUUUGGCCUGCAGUGCUACGCCCUGGGUCUAACCUGUCUUGACUGCAGAACAGAUCGCUGCAGGGAGGCUCUCUCUAGCAGGCCUUGUCAUGGGGCAAAUGCAGACUCCAGGAGAAAUUGAGAUAAUUCUGGAUGUUAAAGAAAAUAAAAUAUUAGCUCCAUUCAGAUAGUAACUCACACCUGUGGCAGCAACAAUCGCUGCUAUGGACAUGAGCUGAACAUGUAGAUUCUGGCAAUGCUUAAAAAACCUGCUCAAAAUUAAAUGAAGCAUUGUUACGGGUUUAAGAUCAAUAUUCGUUCCUGGCCCCAAUGAAGAGCUUUCCUGUUAACGUGCUGAGGUCUUUCCAAGGACAGACACUAAGACUGUAAACUUGCAGGGCUCAGGCUUCAAGGCUUUUAUAUUUGCUAAUUCAAAAAACUAAAUAACAACAAGUGAGUUGGGGAUAAUUAAUAUGGAACCUCAUUUGUUUUGUUGCACUAAACUUAGUCAGGGUGGCACUUAUUGAAUAGAGACUCUCUCCUUCGCUGGCUUGUGAUGCAUUUCAGAAACUUCUUCAAUUCUCAAUUAGUUUGCUACUUAAAAUAGUACUUAUGGGGCAUUCUUGUACAAAAUGAUUAUCUCCA